AUGGGGCACAACUCUGACAAGAUGUACGUGACCCACGCCGAGCACUCGGCGGGGAGUCACACCGCCUCAAGCUACGGCAAAAGAGCAGCGACUGGAAAGUCGGAAUUUCAGAGAUUGCCCUUCGAUUGCUGUGCUCUCUCCCUACAGCCUUUCAGAAACCCGGUAGCAGUUGUCGCCGAGCCGAAGGAAGGAGAAGCUCCUCGGGCGGACGUCUUUGAUCUGCUCAAUAUCGUCCCGUACAUCCGCAAGUACAAGACCAAUCCUGUCUCUGGAAAGUCCCUCGAAACAACCCAGCUCAUCAAGCUCAACUUCUUCCGCAACGCCGAAGGCAACCUUCACGACCCCAUCACCUACAAAGUCUUCUCCCCUCACAUCCACAUCGUCUUUCUCAAAAACACUGGCAACGUCUUUGACAUGUCUUCUCUCCAACUGCUGGCUAUCAAGCCUAAGACUUGGAGGGAUCUGGUGAAUGAUGAGCCGUUCAAGAGGGAGGAUAUCGUGACGAUCCAGGACCCGGAAAACCUUGGAGCUAGGGACUUGAGAGAGUAUGAUUAUGUGAAGAAUGAGUUGAAGGUCAAUGGCGAGUAUGAUGAUAUGGCCGGGGAUCCUCUGAAAGGUAUCAACGUCGAUGCCGCCGGAGGUGCCAGCAAAGUUCUCAAAAUGAUCGCUGAAAAGACCAGAGCUGAACAAGCAGCCGAAAUGCCUCCACCAGCAGUUACAGAAGGCAAGAAGAAGGAAGGAGUCGUAGCCAAGAAGAGGCAGGUUGAACAGCUUGCUUACAACGCGUCAAAUUACAGUUCCGGUCGGGCAGCGGCAUCGCUAACGAGUACGGCCCUCACCCCUCAACUCAAAUCCGAACGCGCAAUGUUUGACGAAGAAGAAUACAUGUUUGACGAAUUCCAAAAAGUCGUCAAAGACAAAGACCGCCAAGCCUGCAAAGCCUACGCCACCAUCCUCACCAACCUCGGCGGGCUCAACGUCGAGCUCCACGGCGACCGCGCGCCCAAGACAGUGUACAACUUCGUCCAGCUCGCCAAGCAGGGCAAGUACGAUAAUGUCGUUUUCCACAGGUUGAUACCUGGCUUCAUGGUGCAGGGUGGUGAUCCGACGGGGACGGGGAGUGGGGGGCAGUCGUUUUGGGGGGAGCCGUUUAGAGAUGAGUAUAGUGAGAAGGGGGCGUUCAAGCAUGAUGGCCGGGGAGUCAUGUCUAUGGCCAACUCUGGACCUCGCACAAAUACCUCCCAAUUCUUCUUCACGUUCCGCGAAACACCGCACCUUGACGGUAAACAUACCGUCUUUGGAAAACUCGUCGGCGGGGAGGACGUCUUAGAUAAGAUUGAGCGGAUACCUGUGCUGUCCAGUAACAGGCCUGUCAAGGAUCUUGUCAUUCUCGGUGUCAAUGUGCUUCAAGACCCAUUCGAAUCAUACAAAGAACGCCUCCAAGCCAAACUCGCCCGCCAAGACCAAUCCGCCGAAACACUCGCCAAGCGCGCUGCCAAACAAGCCGAACGCGAGAAAGACCGAACCACCUGGCUCGGAACCGACCUCGGUGAAAAAGGGGAGAGCAAAGCAGUCAAGGAGAAGCGGAAAGCGGAGGAAGAGGAGGGCGGGGUGGGCAAGUAUAUGAAGGCUGCUGCUGUGCGAAGCGUAGGGACGGGAGCGGGCGCUGGGAAGGUGGGGGCGAAGGUCGGGGGGAAGGUACCGGAAGUCAUGGACUUUGGGGCGGAGAAGAAGAAGAAGAAGACUGGCGGGUUCGGCAACUUUUCCGGCUGGUGA